UCUACACGGUACAAGUAGAUUUGAUAGUGCAUCAGGUACAGUUGCUCAGAGAGUUAUUCAUUAAGUAUACGCUUUGUUCUCAGUUUUGAAUUUUUAAAGGAAAAAAUAAAAGCAAUGAAAAAUUAAAGGACUAAUAAUAUAAUCUGCUUUUAAAGCCUCGAGCCUAUGAGGUUUUUUUUUAUUAAUGUCCUGUGAAUUGAUUAGAUCUGUUACAUUUAGUGCUUUUUGUAUACUUCAUUUUCAGGGAUCAAAGAUGGUUUGUCAUCUUUUGAGAGCCUUGAAGCGGAAAGCUUGCCUUAGAUGACAAAUGGUUAAGGAUACCUGAAAUCAUUUCAAAUUGCAUUAAGUUAAUUGUUAACUGUCAAAAUGUCGAUGCGGACCCGAAUUCGUGGAAUGACGGCAUGGGUGAACCUUCGCCUGAAUCCGUACAACCAGCUCAUGUCAAAUGUGUUGAUGGACUUACUGUCAGGAACAGGCAUGAAAUAUCUCAUCGAGAGCAUCACUGGUCGAGAUAUUGGAAAAUUAGACAGUAUGGACGGGCUGUCCCAGCAGCAGCUUCAGACUAGAGUGGAGUGGGUGGUGGAGGAGCUCAAACAGUGUGAUGUUCUCCCCCAUGAUGUGUACGUUGACCCGCGGAUGUUUGCCAUGAGAAGUGCCGAUCAUGUGUUUGACUUAUUAUGGAGACUGAUCAGCCAUGACUGUUGGUUUCUAUGGGAACGGGUAGAGUAUUUGCAACAUGAAGAUCAAGACGUUAUCACACAAGUUCCUUUCAAGUGGACUCCUGACCCUCCUCCGUAUAAGAAAAAGAAAAACAAAGCAAAAAAGUCCCUUCUGACAGGGUUUGGGGCGUCAGCUGUCAUGGAUGACUUGGAAGACAGCUCAUCGCCAGAUAUGAACUGGAUCAAGUUCCCAAAGUCGGAGUUUAUGAAAAACUUCAAAAAGAAGAAAGUUGACCCUGGAAAGUUUCCUUCUCCAGAUGUUUGCAUUUUAGAGAUGGUUAACACCCAACUCAAGAAAACAAGUGAAGGCAAAAACUUGUAUUGCUAUGGUCUGGGAGACCUGGUUGACAGCCGAGUGUUGUGUGCUCUAGUCAAUUCGUUUGUACCCAACACGUUCACCACAGACCUACUUCUCAAUGACAGGUGGACUAUCAACCUUGCUCUAAGAUCAGCUGAGAAAAUGUUUUAUGCAGAGACUCCCUUUGACUCAGAGGACUUGGUGGAGGCAGAUGGGAUGGCUGUUGCUUCCUACUUCACAUUCUUCUUCAUGGUGGCAUACAAGUACCGUCAGUGUCAGAUUGUGGUGGAAAGGAUUGACUGGAUCGGCCGACUGAUCCGGGAGUGCAACCACGAGCUGGAGAAGUUUCCUCCCAUUGUGUCUAACAUGCAGGAGCUUCAACGGCGGAAAGAACUCAAAUCACAGAUAGAGAGACAUAAAGAGGAAAUUGAAAAAAUGGUUCGUCGCUUUGAUGUUGAGUACUGCAGGCGAUGGGUGGACCACGUUCAAGAGACACAACUGGAAGUGAGGAAUUACAUCCGGGAAUGCAUUCGCAACAGAUUUGACUACGUGACUAUCCCUCGAAACAUUACAAUCAAUGACCUGUGCUUGUCUUAUGUUAUCAACCUGAGCCUGAGCAAUGGUUCAGGAUUCUACCUGUCGGAUGCCAGAGAGAUGCUUACGGAAGGUCGCCAUCUUGUUCUCAGACAUAAGGACACAGGGGAGUUCCUGGAUGAUUUCACCUCCAAAAAUAAACCCUCCAUUAAGCAAAUUCUGGGUUUGCCCAAGACGAAUGCCGUUGAGAUCAACCCUCUGCAUUAUCCUCAAUAUGAGUUCUACUAUGAAGCUCCUAGUAGAAACAAGCAUCUUAAGGCAGGGACUGUCUUCUUGUACCAAGUCUUUCCGGGGAAUACGAGUAACUGGCAGCGGAUGUUCAUCAAAGCCGCAAGAGAGAACGAGAUUGAGACUGUCGAGAAAAUGAUCACGUUCUUCAAGAACAACCCGUCUUUUAUCAAUUCAAAAGAACCCAAGACUGGACACACGGCGCUGCACCAUGCUGCAAGACAUGGCCACUUUGAUAUUGUUCGACUGCUGCUAGAAAGCGGAGCCAAUGUUGAUGCCAAAAAUAACUUCCGCUGCACGCCCAUCUACUCUGCUAUAGAAGGUCUGCAGAGGCAGGUUGCUCAUCUGUUUAUUGAAUGGGGCUGCAACGUUCACACAAAAAAUGCCAAGAAGUUGACGCCAUUUGAGGUUGUGAAAAACGAUGAGUUCCGACAGUUUCUUGUGGGUUUGUACGAGCACUAUUCAAGUAUUGUUCCGAAAAUCAUGAAAGGAGAUAAAGAGUUGAUGGAGAAAGUCAUUCGAGACCAUAUCAGCGGGAAAAAAGAGUUUUGUUGUCUCCGAAGCAGAUGCAUCAAUGGGAGCACACUGCUGCACACGGCGAGUUACUAUGGUUACCAGGACAUCAUCAAAGACCUGCUUCAGCUCAGAGUGGACAUAAAUCUUCAGGAUUAUAAAGGAGCAGCACCUUUGCACCGUGCUAAGGAUCAUGAAACAAUGUUGAUCUUGAUGGACAACGGUGCCAACAUCAGUGCGGAAGACGCUGAGGGAAACACGUGUCUCCACGUCAAGUGUUACGGAGAGAUUGAGAAACCCUCCGAGAUGGACUGCAUCGAGCUGUUAUUGGCGCGGGAAGCCAGCCCAGUGAAGAGGAACAACAGGAGUUUGCUGCCGAUCCACUGCUGUGCCAUGCAGGGCCGUGUGGAUGCCAUGAAGCUGCUACUGGAUUACGACAAAGGGGACUCGAUCCUCAAGUCUCUCAACAACGAGUCAGACAGGAACCCACCCAGCCUGCUGCACCUGGCACUGGCCAACGACUUUUUGUCCUGUGCCGAAUGGAUGAUCAACAAAGGGUUUCACUUCAAGGACAAGGAAGUGGAUAUCUUAUUGAGAAGACUUCUCACCGAACAGAUCAAAGUCUCUGACAGGGCCCUAGCUGUGGACUUUCUCCUUCACAAUGGAGCUGACCCUAACCCGAUAUAUCCUGGUGGAAACAGCUCACUGCACUAUGCGGCCAGUCUAAGCGGCAGCACAGAUGUGCUUGAACUUCUGCUGUCCUAUGAGGCAGAGGUUGACGUGCUCAAUAACGACGGAAGUUCUCCGCUCAUGUUUGCCUGUCAAGCCAACAACCAGUACGCUGCUUGUGUCCUCAUCAACAACGGUGCCAAUGUGCGGCAGAAGAACAUUCAUGGGCUCACAGCGUUUGACCACAUCAUAGACUUUGAGGAGUGGAUUCACUCAGGAUAUUUCUCUGAUGAGAUCACUGCCAGACUGAAAGCUUACAGCCUCAAGCACUCUCGUGACCUCAUCAGAGCCAUUACAAAGAGGGUCAAGCCAAUGUCUGGCCCGAGAGGUGAUGCACCCCACUCAGCCUUGACCUUGGCAUCAGGAUCCCGCCGCAGCAGCCCUGCCAACUGGUCACGGUCACCGAUUUCAGAGCGAUCGCCUCUCUCCAUUACCUCACCGCUCACGGUACUGCCUGCCAUUGGUAGUUCAACCAUGUGAUUUUGAUCUGUGAUUUUGUUGCUGAUCACUAUAGCCUGCAUUUAGUCUUAUCUAAAAAGUAUAGAUACUGGUAUGUGAUAUACAUAUUUGCUGAAUGCCUAUCUUGUUGCAUAUUAUAUUCUUGCUAUACCCUGGAGAUCAAGAUAGGUCACUAGGGUCAGUUUGACUUCUUAUCUGCCUUUUUUCUCGUUGAAAAAGUAAAAUUCAGCCUUUAAACAAUUAUAUAAUUCAGAUUUUGGGUCAAGCUAUGCAAACUGAGAAUUUGGCUAAUUUUUUAACAUCAAACAGUUCUUUGUCUAAAAAUAGCAAGGAGACAAUUAAGAAAGUCCUUAUUCUCGUCGUAAAUUGCCUUUGAAAACAUGAGGAUGGGUUAAAAUAUAGUGAAUUUUCUCAAUAAUUGUCG